AUGAGUAUAAAUGAUAUUUCAAGAUAUCUGCAACAACUGUAAUGUAAAAAUGAAAAUAUCUGAUUUCGGUUGGUGACAAAGUCAAAUUACUGCUAAUUUACUGUCUUUACUGGCUACAUCCAUAAUUGAAGGAAAUGUUAAAUUUCUGUUAGAGGUUAGUGAAAAUAAAGACAUGAUUUUUUUUCCAUACAAGUUUAUAGGUCCCCUGAAAUAUGCAGCAGACUUGAGGUUAAGACCUUCUGUUUUAGUGCCUAGCACAACGCCUUACACAUAUUGGGUCCUUAAAUGCUUAUUGGAUUGGAUUAGACUCAUUGUCCUCAAGGAUAUGAAAAGUUAUCAUGAGGAAGACUGACUAAUAUUUCUUGAGUUUACAAUGGCUCAAUAAACUGGAAUUCAUUCUGUGUAAUCCUGUCAGCAACUGUUAGGUUACACUUGUUGAUACUAUAGAAUUACUAGUAUUAUCUCUCACUAUUUAGUUUGGGCUAGGCUUGACCUGAGUAAUUUUUGACAGGGAAAUAUUACAUGGACCACAUAUAUGCUCAUGAAUUAAUUGACUCAUUCAGUAAGUCAAAAGAUUAGGGAACUUGGUGUGUUAUGGCCCUGUCCCUGCUAUGGACUGCUUUGUCCUAGAGGAUCUGGCAGUAACUACCAACCCGCCAUGUUCUUCAGCAAGGAAAGUCAGGAGCAUCUUUUGUUGUUUCCUACACAUAUCAGGCAAUGUCCUCUGUGCCCUAAUUUUACAUCCAAGCAUAUCAUAUUCCCAAGAGGGCUUAUUACUACUCUUCUUUUGGACAUUUUAGAUUCUCUGAAACAUCUGAUAUCUUUGGCCUUUCCUUCUCUCUUAAUUUAUGCAUCCAAUCGGUUUUUUAAAAAUGCUAUUAAAUUCUGUUUUCAGUCUCCAAUCCUUUCCUCCUUUCCAUCCCCAUUCCCUGGCCUUCUCCCAGGUCUUCAUUUCCACUUAUCUGGACCAUAGCAAUAGUAUCCACCCUGCCUCUUAUCUCUCUCGUAAAUUAUCUGUGGCAGAAAAAAUCAUGUUAAAUGAGAGAUUCGUGUGAGAUUUGGACCCUUUUAAGGUACAUUUGCCAGUGCCAGUUUUAAAUAUCAGCUUUUUCCUGUUUAGUUUCCUCUUUAGGGGCUCAAUAUGUAAAAUACAUUUUGAAUGACUGAAACCACAAUGAUUUCCCUGAAAAACAUUUAUCUUCACUCAUCCAUCUGCAUGUAGCUUUUGAAAUUGAGAUUAGAUGGACAGAGUCUAUAGGACAACAUAUGGCAGAAUGUAAGCAGGGGUCAGUAGAGAGCUCAUUAUAAUUGUUAUGAACUAACAAAUAUUAAGUGCCUUCAACACUCUUUGCAAUAUAUACUGGUCCAAACUAUGGGGUCUCAAUCCAAACCAACCACCAUCCCCCGGUUUAGAUGCCAGAGAAAGUGACACCCUAGAUAAGGCGAAGUGGAGUCUAGCAGCGGUAGAGUGGGCUAGAUAACGUUGCAGGACCCUUCCUAGUCCAGUGAUCCAACUAGUGCCACCAGUGCGACACAAAAGUCGCUCUUCUUCCACCUCUGGAGCUCAUGGGAACAGGUAAGCCAGGGAUGGUGAGCCACGUGUCGAAAUGAAUGAGUUAGAGAAAGAGCGACUUUCAGAGCGAAAGACUUUUCCGGGACUGGCGUUCUUGGCAGGGGCUGAGAGAGAGGGGGCUGGGUGAGACGUCCCUCAAGAGCAGACUAGUCCGUGCCCUGGCCGGAGAAGGUGCAGGCUGGGCGGGGAGAGUGCCGGCCGGCCUGGCCCCGGGAGGAGUGAGAGAGUCAAGGAGGGGAGGGGGGAGAGGCGGGGCCCGGCUUCCUUCGUCACUUGAUAAAACGCCUGCGAGUCUCCAGAGAACAACGGGCUCUUUCAGCUGUUCGUGAGCGGGCUGCGAGGAGGAGACGCUGGACAGGGAGUACGGCUAGUCCCCGGGGGUGGGGCAGGGGAGCCGAGCCAGGGGAAGAAGGUGGUACUGGUGGUGGUGGCGGCGGCGGCGGCAGCGGCAGCAGCGGCAGUAGCAGCAGAGGCGGCGGCAGCAGCAGCAGGUCCCUUUCUCCUUUCCCUUCCCCGCCGAGCCGUAGUUGCCGAUGGCGGCUGCAGGGCAGCCGGAGCUCCUCUUCUACCUGUCGGCGUGUCUGCUGCUCUGUCUCUGCACCGCCUUUAACUUGGACACCCGGGAGGAAAACGUGAUCCGCAAGAUCGGGGAGCCCGACAGUCUCUUUGGAUUCUCCCUGGCCAUGCACUGGCAGCUGCAGCCGCAGGACAAGAGGCUGUUGUUGGUAGGGGCCCCUCGAGCCAAAGCUUUUCCGUUACAGAGAGCCAACCGGACAGGAGGCCUGUACAGCUGUGACAUCACAUCCCAGGAACCUUGCCAACGCAUUGAAUUUGAUAACGAUGCUGACCCUUUAUCCGAGAGUAAGGAAGACCAGUGGAUGGGUGUCACUGUCCAGAGUCAGGGGCCAGGAGGAAAGGUGGUGACAUGUGCCCAUCGGUAUGAGAGAAGGCAACAUGUUAACACCAAGCAGGAGUCAAGGGACAUAAUUGGGAGGUGCUAUGUGUUGAGUCAGUCCCUUACCAUUGAGGAUGAUAUGGAUGGAGGAGAUUGGAGUUUUUGUGAUGGCCGUUUGAGAGGCCAUGAGAAAUUUGGUUCCUGCCAGCAAGGUGUAUCUGCAACUUUUACUAAAGAUUUCCAUUACAUUGUUUUUGGAGCCCCGGGAACGUAUAAUUGGAAAGGAAUUGUUCGUGCAGAGCAAAAGAAUAACACUUUUUUUGACAUGAAUAUCUUUGAAGAUGGGCCUUAUGAAGUUGGUGGUGAGACUGACCAUGAUGAGAGUCUAGUUCCUGUUCCAGCUAACAGUUAUUUAGGCCUUCUCUUUUUGACCAGUGUUUCCUAUACAGAUCCUGAUCAGUUUGUUUAUAAAACACAGCCCCCCAGUGUAAGGGUCGACAGAUCUCCUGAUGUGAUGAUGAAUAGCUACCUAGGUUUUUCACUAGACUCAGGAAAAAGUAUUAUCUCUAAAGAUGAGAUCACUUUUGUGUCUGGUGCGCCAAGAGCCAAUCAUAGUGGUGCUGUGGUUCUCCUAAAGAGAGACAUAAAAUCUGCACAUCUUUUGACUGAGCAUCUGUUUGAAGGAGAAGGGCUGGCCUCUUCGUUUGGCUAUGAUGUGGCAGUAGUGGACCUCAACAAGGAUGGCUGGCAAGAUAUAGUGAUUGGAGCACCGCAGUAUUUUGAUAGAAAUGGAGAAGUUGGGGGUGCUGUGUACGUCUACAUUAAUCAGCAAGGCAAAUGGAAUAAUGUCAAGCCAAUUCGCCUUAAUGGAACCAAAGAUUCUAUGUUUGGCAUUGCAGUCGAAAACAUCGGUGAUAUUAAUCAAGAUGGAUACCCAGAUAUUGCAGUUGGAGCACCUUACGAUGAUUUGGGGAAGGUUUUUAUCUAUCAUGGCUCUCCAAGUGGAAUAAAUACCAAACCAACACAGGUUCUUAAGGGUAACUCUCCGUACUUUGGCUACUCAAUUGCAGGAAAUAUGGACCUUGAUAGAAAUUCCUACCCUGAUGUUGCCAUUGGCUCACUUUCAGAUUCAGUGUCAAUUUUCAGAUCUCGACCAGUGAUCAACAUCCUGAAAACAGUCACAGUAACACCUAACAGAAUUGAUCUAAGACAGAAAAUGGCCUGUGAUGCACCGAGUGGAAUAUGCCUGAAGGUUAAAGCCUGUUUUGAAUACACUGCCAGGCCCAGUAAUUACAAUCCUUCAAUAUCCAUUGUGGGCACACUUGAAGCUGAAAGUCAGAGGAGGAAAUCUGGCUUAUCACCAAGAGUUCAUUUUCCAAAUCAAGCUUCUGAACCUAAGUCUUCCCAUGCCUUGACUCUGAAAGGGCAGAAACAAAAAAUGUGCAUGGAGAGAACACUCUGGCUUCAGGAGAACAUCAGAGAUAAACUACGUCCCAUUCCCAUAACAGCUUCAGUGGAAAUCCAAGAACCGAGUUCACGGAGGCGAGUGAAUUCACUUCCAGAACUUCUUCCAAUUCUGAAUUCAAAUGAACCCCAAAUGGUGACCUCAGAGGUCCAGUUCUUAAAAGAGGGAUGCGGAGAUGAUAACAUCUGUAAUAGCAAUCUGAAAUUAGAGUACAGAUUUUGUACACGAGAUGGCAACCAAGACAAAUUUUCUUAUUUACCAAUUCAUGAUGGCAUUCCAGAGCUCGUUCUCAAAGAUCAGAAGGAUAUUGCUUUAGAAAUAACGGACAAUGGCCCAUCAAACCCCAGGAAUCCUACAAAAGAUGGGGAUGAUGCCCAUGAAGCCAAACUCAUUGCUACUUUUCCUGAUACCUUAACUUAUUCUGCAUACAGAGAACUAAGGGCUUUUCCUGUGAGAAAGCAAUUGAGUUGUGCCGCCAAUGUAAAUGGUUCCCAAGUAGACUGUGAACUUGGAAAUCCCUUCAAGAGAAAUUCCAAUGUUACAUUUUAUUUGAUUUUAAGUACAACAGAAGUCACCUUUGAUACCACAGACCUGGAUGUGAAUCUGAAGUUGGAAACAACAAGCAAUCAAGAUAAUUUGGCUUCAAUUACGGCUAAAGCUAAAGUGGUUAUUGAACUGCUUUUGUCGGUCUCUGGAGUUGCUAAACCUUCCCAGGUGUACUUUGGAGGUACUGUUGUUGGUGAGCAAGCUAUGAAAUCUGAAGAUGAUAUUGGAAACUUAAUAGAAUAUGAAUUCAGGGUAAUUAAUUUAGGUAAACCUCUUAAAAAUCUUGGCACAGCAUCUCUAAACAUUCAGUGGCCCAAAGAAAUUAGCAAUGGCAAAUGGCUGCUUUAUUUGAUGAAAAUAGAAUCCAAAGGUUUGGAACAAAUAAACUGUGAGCCACAAGAUGAAAUUAACUUUCUGGGACUAAAGGAAUCUUCUCACAACUCAAGAAAGAAACGAGAGAUUGCAGAGAAACAGACAGAUGAUGGCAGAAAAUUUUCAUUAUUUGCAGAAAGAAAAUAUCAGACACUUAACUGUAGCACAAAUGUUAACUGUGUGAACAUAAGAUGUCCCCUCCACGGUUUGGACAGCAAAGCUUCUGUUAUCUUUCGGUCAAGACUGUGGAACGGUACAUUCCUGGAGGAAUAUUCCAAGCUGAACUACUUAGAUAUUCUCCUUCAGGCUUCCAUUAAUGUUACUGCUGCUGCAGAGAAUAUUAAGGUCCCAAAUGCAGCCACUCAAGUCCGUGUUACAGUAUUUCCUUCAAAAACGGUUGCACAGUAUUCUGGAGUGCCUUGGUGGAUCAUUCUUGUGGCUAUCCUUGCUGGAAUUCUGAUGCUUGCUCUAUUAGUGUUUCUACUAUGGAAGUGUGGAUUCUUUAAGCGUUCCAGGUACGAUGACAGUGUUCCCCGAUACCAUGCUGUAAGAAUCCGGAAAGAGGAACGACAGAUCAAAGAUGAGAAAUAUAAUGAUGGCCUGGAAAAAAAACAGUGGAUCACAAAAUGGACUGAAGAUGAAAGCUACUCCUAGGGGGAAAAAAAAAACAGCACACUCUCCAGACUGUUCUCUUGUUUUCCAACUCAGAAAUUUAAAUGGAUUUUGGUAACUGAAGAUUGGUUUCAGACUUACUACAGACAGUAUGGACCUACAGUUUUAAACUGUGGAUAUUGUUACGUAUCUCAAGGCUUUUAUUUUGCACAGCUAAAUUUGAGACAGAUGGAACUGAUUUUUUUCAACUGCCUUAAUUUAAAUUUCCAGAUCGCCUUUCAUUUUGGUGUGGCUGACCCAUUAUGAGAAAGGGUAUGCGGAAUUGUACUUCCUGCGAGAUCUUCCCAUUAGUGUAUUAGAAAGAAAGCCACCAUCAUCAGUCAUGCUGAUAUCUUCUGGCAUGUAGUAAGUUUCAUAAUUCCAGCAAUGCCUUUCCAAAUGUUUCUUCCACUAGAAUCGGAAAACUUUAAAUCAACAAUGGUUUAAGCUCAAGUACUGUCUUCAAGUAAACGUGCAAUAUGGAAGGUGAUGCUGCCACCCCACCAUCUUGUUUUUAACCUCAGAUUUGUGUGAAUACUGCUCACACCAAAAUACACAGGUUAUCAUCUUCUCUUCUGACUAACACACACACACACACACACACACACACACACAUGAGACAGGCUUGAAUACUAGUAAUUUUUUGUAUAUAUUUUAGCCCUGGUAUUUAUUUUUCUCAUAAAUCAUUUCACCUUUGACUAACACAUAGGCCAAAGACUAUCCAAUUUACCUUUCUUUGAUUGGUUUAGGUGAUCCAAGUUAGUACAUAGGUGGUUAGUGGUUUUGACCUAAAUCUUUCACUGCAAAAAGAAAAUAAUAAUUCUUUAUAACUAUACCAGAGAUAUUUUUUUAAUAACUUAAAACAUAACUAUAUAUUGUAGCAUCUUCCCCUCUCUUCUCUUCUCAUCUUCAUUCUUCCUAAACUCCAUAUAGAUCUGGGUUUGGUUAAGAGAUAGGAUUUAACUCUGAUUGUUUUGUCUUUACUGAACAAUCAGGAUCCUCUUUUUCUUUGUUUGUUUGGGGGCAUUUUGUAUGCCCUCCAGCACCUGUUUUCAGAAUAUCACACACUUGCUUUAAAGAAGUCUUGGAGGAAAUGGACUUGUUUGUCCCAAUCCCUCACUCCUCCAGAUGCUCUCUAUUAAUAGCACUUGGAAAAAGGCUAGGUGCAUAUGAUGGAUCUGAACUGAUCCAAUUUGAGACUACUGAAUAAUGCUCUAAUGUCAAAACAGUGAUUUUAUCUUUCGGACAUGAUAGCAUGACUUUUAAUUUUUUGGUUACCAUCAGAGCCCGUCAAAAGAGUGCAUUGAUGUUUUUCUCCAACCUUUGUUCCCUGAAUGACUUUGUAAUUAUUAAGAUAAGAACUUUACAAUGCCUUCAAAUUGCUUAUUGGAUUCUACUGACAUAAUAAGGCAAAUGCUGUGCUAUAUAUAUUGAUUAUAUCUUGAAUAGAAACAGGCAUCAUAAAAUAGUUUACUUAACUAUCAUGUUCCAAAAAUGUUGUUAUAUGGGGAGGGAAAGGAGGAAGGUGCUAAUUAGUUUAAAACUAGUAUAAAAAAUUUCCUAAAAUACAAAAUACUGUUAUGUGUGCUUUCAUUGGUUUGGGCUAUUUUUUUUCCUUUUCAGGAAUGAUAUGCCCUUAAAAUUCUUAUGUAUUUCAAAAGUCUUCAUUCACAGAAAGAGACAUUUACACAAAUUAUAUUUUGUUUACAAUUUUAGUCUCAAAAAACAAGGUAGUAUCAGUGUUUAAACAUUUCAAUUUCUUGCCUGGAUAACUCAAGAUCCCAAUGUAGUGGCUUUAUAAGCUACUAAGAGGCUGCUUAUGUUGGCAGUGGUUAUAGGCCUUUGUUAUAAAAAAUGAAUGUCCUGAAGUCAAUGUAGUUUUCAACAACACAAAAUACAAGACUGUUGUUGCAGUGUUAAAUUUAGAAUCACUAAAAAUGUCAUCUCAAGUCAAGUCACUGGUCUGUUUGCAUUUGAUAAAUUUUUAUACUAACUAACGUUGUGAAAUCAUUCCAUGAUGAGAACAUACCUGUGGAUAUUUGUAUAAAAGUGUGAAAUAAAAUUUUUUAAUGAAAGUACUUAUUACUUAGUCAUUGUCAUGAGGCCCAGCUUUGGUAUUAUAACAUAACAAACUUUUGUUGAAGAGUCUUAAU